CCACAACCACGUGAAUGCACUGUCCAACGCGCCUCGCCGAACUCCCGCCUCGCCGCCACCCUGCUUCUAUUGUUGGCCUCUGGCCUGAUGCCUGCUCAGUGUCGCAGAGGCGACUUCGCCGCAAGAUUUGUCAAUACGCAGGAAACGACGACACAUGUCUUCUCAGCCGCACAGAGUACACGUAGAUAACAAUGUGCUCAGAGCGGGAUCGAGAUGUGACGACAGUCAAGACAAGCGUCGUUGGGCAGCCUUCGGCAAUUCAUCGGGCCGACAUGCAGCAGUUCUCACGCGAGGAGCAUGAAACCUUGAAGUAUCAUCUCCUGGGGCCGUCGCUCACCAAAGCUGGCCAAGACGCCGUGGACCAAUCUAAGGUGUCAGAAAUUAUAUAUAGUGCUUCCAAGGGGUCCAAAUAUUUCAACCGAGAGGAAGAGAAGGACAAGAUCCUGACGCAGAAAAUCACAAACAUCUUGCAUAAGAAGCGCCAGCUAGAACGAGCCGAUCUCACGAAGGAAGCCCGUGCUGCUGAUCACCUCAUCGCCCAACUUGAGCUCAGUCGUGAUCUCUCUCAACAUAUCGUACACGUUGAUUGCGAUGCUUUUUACGCUGCGGUUGAGCAGCUUGAUCGGCCUGAGCUCAAAGAUGUACCCUUUGCUGUUGGUGCUGGAGUGCUCACCACUUGCAACUAUUUGGCCCGCAAAUUCGGUUGCAGGAGCGGCAUGGCUGGGUUUGUUGCGAUGAAACUUUGUCCCAACCUCGAACUUAUUCGACCAAACUUCGAUAAAUAUACGGCUAAAGCUCGCGAGGUACGCGAGAUUCUGGCCGACUAUGACCCACGUUUCGAAAGCGCGAGCAUAGAUGAGGCGUAUCUCAAUAUCACUCAAUAUUGCGCCGAUCGUCGAUUGAGCCCGGAAGCAGCAGUGCAGCAGAUGCGUGACGAGAUCUGCCAGAAAACCAACAUAACAGUCUCGGCUGGGAUCGCCGCAAACGCAAAGCUCGCCAAGAUAUGCUCGAACAUGAACAAGCCUAACGGGCAGUACCUUCUACCAAACGAUCGAAACACUAUCAUGACCUUCAUGCGGGAUUUGCCCACGAGAAAGGUCAACGGAAUCGGCCGGGUUCUCGAGCGUGAGCUGCAAGAGAUAGACGUCAAGACUUGUGGUGACAUAUGGGCCCAGCGUCACGUCCUGCGACUGCUAUUCGGAGACAAGACAUACGAGUUUCUGAUGAUGGUUCAUCUUGGCCUUGGUCGUACCCACAUCCAGCCUGCCGAAGAAUACGAACGCAAGAGUGUUGGAACUGAGAGCACGUUUCGAGACAUGUCAGACGGAGCGCAGCUCCGAGAAAAGCUUCGCUGGACCGCAGAUGAGCUUGAAAAGGACAUGCGGCGCGCAGAAGUCAAAGGGCGCACACUUGUACUCAAGGUCAAAUUACACACGUAUGAGGUCUUGACGCGACAGGUUGCGACACCCAAAGCCGUUUUCCUGGCUGAUGACCUGUAUCACUAUUCACUGCCGAUUCUCUCCAAGCUCGAGCAGGAGAUCCCUGCAUUCAAGCUACGGCUUAUGGGGCUUCGCUGUACACACCUAGUCAGCAUGAAGAAGCCAGAUACUCGGGCGUUCUUUGGUUUGAGACCGCCAAGGCCCAUCGAGGUGAGCAACAAUCACGACAACGUGGCGAAUGACAAAGUGGAGGACUUAGUGGGGAGCGGGUUCGGCGCAGAAGGCGAUUGGGAAAGUUGGGGCGAGGAAGAUCUGGCCCUUCUCGAUCGUGGGAUCAAUCCGGGUGGUUACAAUCUCGAGCCAGACUGUGCGCAAAAUGCUGCUGAAGAACCCUAUCGUCAUCACGGCAAGGAAAUCAUUCCAAAUCCUAAAAGGAAGCUCACUCCGCCCGAAGACGAGACCUGGUGGGAAUGCCCUAUUUGUGGACGACCACAAAGCACGAAUGAACGACUAUUCAAUGAGCACAUAGACUUGUGCCUGUCUCGACAGGCAAUUCGAGAUACUGUACAGAUUGAGUCGGCCCGAAGCCCGACCCCUGUGGGCGAGGUAUCUGAUGCGAAACGGUUGAAGCACGUGGAAAAGAGGAAGCGUGCCAGAAUUGCGCCAGCGGGAGAUCCCAAACAGAAGAAGUUGUCGUUCGGCUCGGCUGGGUGAUGCUCUAUACACAGCAUCACAACCAGGCAGAUCAGCCCCUAGACAUAAUUUAACCAAGUUCAGCACCACACCCAAAGAUUUCACCAACGGAGGGAUCCAUGGAAUUCUUCACAGCAUUGGCGUUCUCAUUCUAGGCCACGGCAAAUCAAUCUUCAGACUCACUAUAUGCUGCAUUUCAAGCUACUUUGCUUGACCAUGGGUCGCCACUGUGAAGUGUAAC